AUUGCUGUUCAAGCAAUUUGGAACUUCCUCUACUUGAUAUUUUGGAACAGCUGUAUAACUUUUCAUGAAAAAAAAAAUAUGAGAGAAAUGCCAAGAGCCGUUGCUCUACCAGCACCGUCUUCCUUCUUUUCCAACGGUAACUUCCAUCAACCUCAAGUUUUGAUAAGACAGGGCUUAUUCAACUCGUAUUCUCGUUUCAUUCUUCAAUCACGACUGUGUCUUAGUUCGAGAACAUGCAUAAAAUAUCACUCGCGACCACCUUACUCAUCCUCAUUGUGACGGCCCACGCGAGAAGUGUCCACAAGGGAAAGAAGAAUGAAAAUAAUAAAGAAGAAUACUACAAUUCAGCCGAUUUCGAUGUGAUUUAUGAUCAGAAACAGAACGGUUCCGAAAAUUACAGAUUGGGCGUUAGCGGUAUAGAUGUUGUUAUUGCUCCACCAGCCUCUAUUCUUCAGGCAUUUUUAUCACCAUUGAGCGUUUUGGCUCUUCUGGGCGAAUUUUCAAGGAAAGCGCCUCCGAUGUUGAAGAAAAAUUUCGUCGCUAAGAGGGAAGGUCAAGCCGAACUCAAUUCGAUAAAAGUGACGACACCAACCAACCUUGGAACUACGGACGAGGUAGUGGAAAAACAGGAGACCCCUUCAAAAAAUUUAAUAAAAAAUUUUGAAGAAAAAAUUCAAGUGCAGGAACUGCUACCAGGUUUUCAAAACAAAGAGGAAACCAAAAAAGAUUCUUCAGAAGUUAUGGAGAAGCACGUUAGCAAGGUUGAUUGAAUGUGAUACGAUUUAUGCAUGUUAUAUCGAAAUUGAAUUUGGUUUAAUCCAUUAUUUGUGAUAUGUACCUUUUUAUUUAUUGCCUUAUUUGAAUAAAAUAUUAAUUUCA